AUGCCCCUUGCUGCUGCUUCCGCUGGUUUGGAGAGUGGUUUCUUUGACCAGCCAAUGAUGGAAACACCGGGGAAAAAGCGCAAAAGAAACGCGGAAACGAAUCCUUUCCUGAACUUUACCGAUCAAACGUUCAGCAUUCCUUCAUCCACUCCGAUCCAUAAUCGACAGAUUGAUGGCAGUGCGUUUGAGAAUCCGUCGUUCCGCGUAUCUAACAAGGAAAACUACAACCUGUUCUCUGACUCCUGCAUGGAGGUGAAGUCAAUUGCGGAUCUUGCUGGUGGGGCAUCGAAGCGUCCGAAGGGCUUGGCGUGCGAUGCCAACCCGUUUGAAGUGGUACGCAAACCACCGAAAAAAAAGAAGAAACAGAUGCAUUCGGGGGCUGGUGGUUCGGUUUCGCUGGAGGAGAGUUGUUUUGAGAACCCGGGUUUGAAUCUGGCAGCGGCCGAUAAACAACCGGUAAACCCAUUCGAGGUCCCGCGCGAUGGAGACGAAUGCAAACGCCAAGAAGCGGAAGAACUGAGUCGCUGCUUUGUGAACAAUGCUUUAAACAUCCGUGGAGCAGAAAGUACCGAACGAUUCAAUCCUUUCGAGAUUGUGCGCCCUAAGGAGGGAUCAGUGUCAGAAUCUUCAAACCGCGCAUUGCCUGUACCGGAACUGGCUGGCAUUGAGAAUCCGGCUCUUGAAAUGCCAACGUACGCAAUCGCCGUACCGUUUACUCCGUCUCUGAAGCAUCGUAUCAACUUCCAAGAGAUCGCACCGAACGCUUUGACACCGUGUCAGAUGUUGGCCAACAUGGUGGUGUGCAGCCCCGACCCGGCCAAGAUGGGUGGCGCUGAAUUACAGUCCAAGAAUGCGACUGUAACGCUGGGCAAAAGACGUUCCCUUUCGGUUAUCAGCGAAGAAUCGGACAUCGGUGAAAAGCUGGACUGCUACCAGCUGGAACUGGAAAACAGCAUCAAUGAGGCGAAGGCAAGAAAGCAACGGCCGGGCAAUGGUGAAACGACUCCGUUUACAUUCAGCGGAACAGGCCAUCGUCGUAGAUCGGUAAGACGUAGCUUGAUCGACAUGAAACACAUUAGCAAUCUUUCCCAGCGACUGCAUGAGCUUGAAGACGAGGAGAACGACUUUACCAAGCUGGAAGACGAUGAAAAGGUUCCCGAUAGCGAGGAAGAGGACAAAGAAAACAAACAGCCAGCAACUGCCUUAGAGGGAACGACCGCUAAGAAGGAUGGAAACGUAACAGAGAAUGGUGAAAAGCCGGUCAACAAUAGUGAGGUCGCACCAGCACACUGCAACCAGAUGACGUUUACCAUCACCAAAGAAACGACGGUGCGGGAAGAGAUCCGCAUCGACGUCUCCAACCCGGACGUCCAGUUCGAGGAGGUGGAAGAUUUCGAAGACGAAGAACAGGACGUGGAGUUGCUGAACAAUCCGGCACCGUUUCAGCGUGCGUACCGUAAGAAAGAACCGCUCACGGAAAAACUCACGGAAGCGGUUGAAUCGGACGAGUUCAAACGUCCACUGGCCGGUGCAUCUCAGAUGGCAGGAGAUGCACGCACAAAUGCGCCGAUAAAAUCGCACAAAGUACGUGACGUAAUUCGUCGUAGCUUCCGUAGAUUGAUUCCCCGCAGUCAGACGGGCUCGAAUGACCCGAAAGGAACAGUGGAAGAGAAGCAAUCCCUCCCAGAAGGACAUGGAUUGAUCUCUACCAUUCGGCACAGCUUAAGACGACGACAGACGAAAGCUAAAUCAGGCGAGGAAGAUACCAAUGGGACAGGAGCGAAACAGAACGUAGAGGAAGAGGAACAACAAUCGCCACUGGAAAUGUCCAUUAUAGCUGAGCAACCACGUGCGGUAUUCCGUCAGCCGUCGCUGGAGCAGUACAAGCCGAUUGCAGCUACCACCGGAUCCGGAGGUGGUGCUGGCGGAACGCUCCGAAGCAGUCUGCGUCGCUCAACGAAAGACAUUCGGAAGCAGAUGAUGAAGUCGGUGUUUCGUAAGCAGUCCGGCGAUUUGGACGGUGACCAUCAUCACCACGGUCAGCAUGUUGGUGAUUUGAUUUGA